AUGGCAACGGACAACGUCCAUCACCGAAUGGCGACAAACCCACAACCUCAAAAGUCCGUUUUACAUCCCAGACUUAAUCAGCAGCAACAUAUAGAGAACGUCAAACAUCAGCCCACAGUGACAAGUGCAUCUUCGAUAGUCUCGACCCAGAAACUACAAGAACACUAUAUUAAUGCACAAGAUGCAAUGCGAGGCCAAUACGAUCCAGCUCAUGCUGGGAAUGAUACUUCGGAUGGAACUAUGCCUUCAGAUACCCAAGUUAACGACCGGACAUCUCGAGAGACAACUCAGACACAUUAUACAAUAUCGGAAGACGAAAUAGGCAAAGGAUUACACAACAAAUUUGCUGCACUAGCACCCAAAACAGGUGCACCUCGACGCAUCGAGCCUUCGAGUCGUUUGGAUACCGCGCAACCCGUUCCAACCGCAUCAAUAGCGCUAUUUGAUAACGAACAUCAGUCCUCAAAUUUACGCCUGAGGGUAUCUGCAGCGCCAGGGCCCAGGUUGCCCAUCGUCACUUUAGCAUCACAACAGACAUUUCGCAGCCACAGCCCAUUGCCAACAGUUCCAAGACAGAAGCAGCCCGAAAGAGCUCGCUUUGAAACAACUCAGGGGACGCAAAAAAUGGAACAGAGCCAUGUCUAUCGUUACAGCCAUGCAGACGUUUCUGAGACUUCAGUUAAUGCCGGUGAAGCUUGUUUGGAGUCAAGCCUUUCCUCGGGACUUGAUUCGUGCGCUGCUGCCCCAAACACCUCAGAACACAUUCUGAUGGCUAUUGCUGAAGCAGGCGAAGUCCCUAACGGAGCAAUCACAGGACCUCUAAGCGCCGAAGAGACAUCUUUGUUAUGUUUCGAUGUCAUUAAAAAGAUGAAGCAGCGGAUUCAGCUAUUAGAAGAAGCAAAUGAAGAGGUUAACCGAAUUUCAACGCCGCAAGUGGGUGUCAGGGUGCAGAUCUUCCAUCGCCUUGAAAACGAAGACACGGGCGAACAUAUAUACCUCUUGGAACCAGAGUGGAUGGUACAUCAGAACGACAUUCGUCUCGGUGCACGAUUUCAAUUAAUGGACCCCGAAGGAUAUAUCGAGAAAGAGAAAGACAUCUCAUUUGUGGUCUACAAGUGUUACUCAGAAGAACAUCAGAUAGAUGCAGUAGAAGAAGCAAGGAAGUCAUCUGGGCCACUACCAAACCCGACACCGGCCUACCAGGACAUACUGCUUACUUCGGAGGAAAUGGUGGAAGCUAUGAAGGCUUUUUUCGCGCUGCAUCCGGCGUCACGUCAAGAAUUUCCUAAAGUCAACACCCAUGACAGAUUAUCAGCGCCCUUCGUAUGGUGGUAUCACCAUCGCAGGUCAAGUAGGAUUGAAAGCCUGCCGCGCUGCCAAGCCGAAUUGGUAAAUACGUUGGUGGAUCACAUCGAAGAGGCUUACGCAACGUUGUACGACAACAUCGACGAGCAACUCAGCAGAGGCUAUGUGUCCAACAUCUCCAUGGAAUACCUUUUUCGGCCUGGGCAAGUCUUGAUCUCAUUCACGGAUGGGGUCCCUCAAGGUUACAUUGCAUUGUCUAGUCCUUAUCCCCAAGGAGAUGAAUCUGAUGACAACUCCACUCUUCCAACGUCAAAAGGUCGAAAAGAUCCCGCGGAAAAGUGCUUGUCGCAAUGGACCAUAUCAUCGCAUUCAAUAUCCUAUCGUGGAGAUUUUGUUCGAGUGGUACAUGAGCUCAAGAUUAAGUUCGAGACGGAGAUUGAGAACGGAGAGAUUGAUAUUUCGAGCUUACCUGUCAUGCCGCUUGAGUAUACCUCACAGGCAUUGCAGGAGAGGCUAAUGCGUCGUGGCAAAACAUUCUGGAAAUGUCGCGAGAAAAGACUCAUUUCCUAUCAAGGCACAGGGCAAAUUGCUAGUGGGGAAAGGUUUAUGAUUGACUUCGAGACGUAUAAAAGCUUGCAUCCAAAUAAUCAGUACAUGAAUAAGAAAAAGCUCAUACCAGAGCCAGGCCUGCCUACAGAUGGUAGUGAACCGCACGUUCCUGAGAUCUAUCUCUUUCCAAAUCUUGUCCCUGGCUUUGAUUUGAGACGCAAGAAAUGGGUUGAUGUUGAGGUCGACCAGAUUCGGGACGUGGCCUGGAACGAUCAAGCCUUCAACAGUCUGGUGGCUGAUGAAGACAUGAAGAUGCUCAUUCUUGCACUUGUAACCAACCAAAUCGAUGCCAAGCGAGGUACAGACGUUAUCGAUAACAAAGGAAACGGCCUCAUUAUGCUGCUUCAUGGCUCUCCAGGCACCGGGAAAACAUUUACAGCCGAAUCUGUCGCCGAAGUAGCUAAGAAGCCUUUGUACUCGGUAACCUGCGGCGACAUAGGCACGAAUCCUGCCGACGUGGAGAAAUAUCUCGAGUCCGUCUUCCACCUCGGCAAGAUUUGGGACUGCGUCGUGCUCCUCGAUGAAGCCGAAGUCUUCCUCGAGCAACGUACUCUACAAGACCUCCAACGAAACGCACUUGUCUCCGUGUUUUUGCGCGCUCUAGAGUACUACGAUGGGAUCUUGAUUCUUACGACAAACCGUGUGGGUACCUUCGACGAGGCGUUCAAGUCUCGAAUUCAGCUGGCGCUCCGGUACCAAAGGUUGGAGGCCUACCAACGCAAGCAAAUCUGGAAGAACUUCUUCGAGCGGCUCAAGAGCAUUGGAGAGGAGGACAGCAUUGACUUUGACGAUGUUUCGCUGCACAUAGACGAGCUGACCAAGCACCCCAUGAACGGACGACAGAUCCGGAAUACGAUCACCACCGCGCGGCAGCUCGCUAAGUUUAUGGGGAAGAAGAUGGUAUUUUCGCAUCUGCAACGAACCAUUGCAAUCACGAACAAGUUUGACGAGUACUUGGCUGACGUUCGGGAAGCUGAUGUGGAGGAACAUGGUGGAAGAGGCUUGGAUGGCAGGUACUCUGACGAGUAUUUUGCUCGAUCUGAUCAGAUACGAUAG